AAUUUAUGUCACUGUCAGGUGUCUGCCUGUCCUAUCACGUCAGGCAGAUUUUGUGCAAGAUAAGAUUUGCGAUUUUUCCUAAUUUUUGUUCGAUUUUGUCGUGUUUUUAUUAUACUUUUCUCAUACACCGAUUGAAUGAAGACAGAUAGUAAAAUAAAAGUGUGCAAGUAGAUUUUAUCGUACGAUUAUGGUUUUCAAUUAACUUAUCAUAAUAUUCGAUCAUAUCUCUACGCUCAAGCUCCAUGCAUACAGGUUGAUAGAAUAUCUGAUUGGUGUACGGACUACUACUUGGAAGGAAAGAAUAAUUGCAAUAUAGUCAUCAUGAUAAAGAUAAUCUUAUUUCACCUUUUGGGAGCUUUACAAUUCGGUUAUGGAUGUUACUAUGAUGCCAUGUAUGUUCAUAUACCAAGCACCUCCAGAUCUGUUACCCCAUUUGGUGGUAAACUCAAGUAUUUAACAUACUUGAAUGCGUUGGUACAGACAGCAUACUUUAGUGUUUCAUUACUGAAUGAUCUAAUUGGAACCAAUGAGACUUCACCAUCUCAGAAGCCGUUAACUAGACGAAUCAAAGAUGUCAUGUUCAGUUCUCUGGCAUUCCCACUCUCCAUAUUUGUGGGUACAACUUUUUGGGGUAUAUAUGCAGUUGAUAGAGAACUGAUUUUACCCCGGAGUAUUGAUCAAUAUUUCCCAGGAUGGUUAAACCAUGUCAUGCAUACUAACAUUGUGGUAUUUUCUUUGAUAGAACUUAUCACAUCCUUCAGAAUGUAUCCUACUAGAAACACAGCCCUAUCUUUACUAUGCUCAUUUAUGUUGUGCUAUGUGAUAUGGAUUCACGUGAUUUAUUUCCACACUGGUGUUUGGGUGUACCCAAUUCUGAAUGUACUAAAUUGGCCUCUUAGAUUAGCAUUUUAUGUCUUCUCACUUGCACUUGUCUGUGGGUUAUUUUUGACAGGUGAAAAGUUAAAUACCCUUAUAUGGAGUAAUGAGGUAGAGAAAACAGUUAAAGGAUCAAAGAAAAAGUCACAAUAAUAGCUGUUAUAAUUUUAGAUAAUGUCAUGCAUUGUCAUGUUUUUUUUUGCUUUAAAAAGUGCACUGGUUUGAGGUUUUAAUUCAUAAGUUAUUAUUAUUAAUUUUUGUAUUUGUUAUUAAUUUAUUCAACAUUCAAAAAUGUAAGGUUGGGUUGGUUGUACUUAUACUAUCUUGUAACCCUAUGAUCUUUUACACCAGUCACAAAAUGUACAUGAUUUCAUUCAAUUACUUGCUAAGGCAAAGUCCACAAAAAAAAUAUUUUUUAUUGAUUUGCAUUUAAAUGAGGCUCUAUUUGUGAUAGCUACUUAAGUAUACUAUAUUAGCAGUUAUUUAAUUAUCUUGAUAAUUGAUUCUUAAAAUAAUUAUUACAAAAGUAAUGUCAUUUAAAAAUAUUUUCUGUGGGAAUGAUUCUAGAGCCAUUAUCACACUCAUAAUGAACACCUCCAUAAUGUCAAAUAGAGCACCCGGAUAUUGCCUUAUUUAGUGGCUUACAACUACGUCUAAACUAGUUUGAACAGUAGGACUAAAAGCAUAAGUUUUUAUUAUAAAGUAAAACUUUUGGAAAUUUGUUACUUUGCGCGAAACACUUGAUACGAAACUUGUCAAAAUUGUAAUUACCACUUAUCUAUAUUGCAUAAGUACCUACUUACUGAUAUUUUAAACCUUUUGAUGAUGUAUGACUUUGCUCAUUGCUGGGCAAAGGUCUCUCCCUUAUUCUUCUUCCACCCAUAUCAGCCCAAGACACUAAGUGAUUAUGUAAAAUAAUAUUAUUUUAAGAACAAUUACUGUCUAACGCUCAAAUUCAAUGCCUAAGAAUCUACUUCUUAUGUUUUUGUAGUUUUAUAUUUAUUUAUUUUCAUGCGUCUAUGGUUGUGAUUGUAAGUAUAUCAAAUAAAAGCAAUAUUGUUUCAACCAUAACAGCAGGUUUCCUGUACCUAAUAUUAUUUACAAAUUGCUACUUCGAAAUGCAAAACUCACCAAAUCGCUGCAUGUAUGUAUUUGCAGAUUUAUAGUUUUAUGUGAUGACUAUCUCUAUUCUCUGUGUGGAAAUCAGUUUGCACUAGACCGUGUUGCAUUGAUUACAUUCCAAUUUACAUUAUUUAGAUAAUUUGUAGUGGAAUAUAAUGUUUUUUUAUAUAUAAUACAUAAUAAAUUAAUUAGUUGAAUUUUA